UACACAUCACACUGUUAGCCUUACACCUUCGAUUAAUGCUGGGUUAUUUUCCUGAAUAACGUGUAACAUAAAAAGUAGGCUAAUUAAAAAUAAAUUCACAUUCGUAUAUUAAUUGGUUUAACAAAUCUUUAACUGGAUAGCUAUUACAAAUCAUUCGGAUUUCGGAUUUCUUUGCGGACAAAUAUAACUUAAACUCCAGCGUGUCAUUUUAUCCACAAAGCAAUUGAAAAAAUCUGGAAUAAGUGGAUGAAGAUUAAUACAUCACACAUAUUUGAUUAACAAAAACAUCUUAGCUGUCAACGACCAUCAACAAUGAAUAUACCCAAUCAAUAUAUAGAAAAGACUGAAGAAGUUGCAGAUCAGGUAAUUAGAAAAGGCAAACAUGUCCUCCCACAUGUCGCCCGGUUAUGCCUGAUAGCAACAUUCCUUGAGGAUGGUAUCCGGAUGUGGGUGCAAUGGAACGAGCAGCGCGAAUACAUGGAUAUGAACUGGGGAUGUGGAAAAUUUUUGGCCACAACUUUUGUUCUUAUUAAUCUAUUAGGACAGUUAGGAGGAUGCGUUAUGGUUCUAGGACAACUGAAGGUCAGCAUUGCCUGCUGGAUUCUGUUUGCCAUUGUCAUCCUACAAACAAUCGCUUAUUCUGUUCUAUGGGAUAUACAGUUCCUGUUGCGUAAUCUCGCCUUAAUUGGUGCACUCUUACUCGUUCUAGCGGAGUCACGAGGUGAAGCUCGGUCACUUUUCGCAGGUAUUCCAUCGCUCGGGGAAAACAAACCUAAGAGUUUCAUGCAGUUAGCGGGGCGAAUUCUUCUUGCAUUCAUGUUUAUCACUUUGAUCCGCUUCGAACUCAGUUUCAUGCAAAUACUGCAAGAUAUUGUAGGAUCCAUAUUGAUGGUGUUAGUAACAAUUGGAUAUAAAACAAAGCUCUCAUCUCUUAUUUUAGUUGCCCUGCUUACUAUUCUGAACUUAUACCACAAUGCUUGGUGGACUAUACCAUCAUACAAACCUCUUCGCGAUUUUCUUAAAUAUGACUUCUUUCAGACGCUCUCUGUUAUUGGUGGCUUAUUAAUGAUUGUAUCACUAGGGCCAGGCGGUGUUUCUAUGGAUGAGCACAAGAAAAAAUGGUGAACAGGCUUAAUACAAAAUCAAAACAGUCGUUAAAAUUUAAUUAAAAAUCAAUUACAUUCAUUUUUUGCAAACAGGCAGAUUGAGACAAAACCAAGUUUUAUAUUGCACAACAAGUUUUUCUGGUAUGAAUAGGAACGAGUAAAUGGAAAAAAAUCUUUCUAGCUAUGUUAAUCAUUCCAAUAAUACGAUGUAUGUUCUAUGAAAACAGCAAUAGCAAUUACAAAUAAAUAUAUACCGUGACAAACCAGCAAAAAAGAACAAAGUUUCAAUAUCAUUUCAAAUUUAUGAAUGUGUUUUUAGCCAGACAUGGAGUACUUGAGAAAUUUACGUCAUUGUAAAAACCAGUGAUUUAUUAUAGCGAGUUUAUUUUUAUCGUCCGUAACAGCCCUAUCCAGGCAAAAUGUUCAGUCAUUUGGCAUACAAUUUUAAGACUUACAUCCUACAUGGAUUAUAAGUACUUUUUAUCGCGUCACUCAAACACGCCUAGAGCGCCCAAGACGCGUGAUCAGUAUUGCGAACGGUGAUAAUCAUCGAUUCAAAAUUAAAAAAAAUAUAUACGUUUAAAAACAUUGCAUUCUAGAUUCACGUUUUCAUUCGACAACCACGGAAAAUGCCAUUUGACACGAUGAUAUUUUUUGGUACAAUCAUUUGACUUAUUAAUUUUUCUGUACGUCACGUAAACUAGGGUCCUUUUUUCGUGUUUUCGCGCGAAUUUCUAUACUCUUGUUAGUGAACAUCAUUUAUAAAUAUCGGCAAAUGCACGAUUAAGCGGUUCUAGCUUCAAUUUAAAAAUGUUAAAUGACAUUCAUUCUACUUUUUUUUGCAAUCAUGUCAUCGCAAAAGCGCUGACUGUUAUUACACAAAUGAUUGUCGCUCUUGGAAAGUCGUGUCAUGGUAACCGUGACAAUCAUGAACGAAAAAUGAUCUCACAGCGGCUUACUGCGAAUGUCAUAAAAAAAUUUCGACAAUUAACAACAUUGCACGUGACCAUAGACCAUUCCAUAGACCAGGCAUAGACCAGUGGGCGAAUCAAUGUGCGAUCUCACAUUUCCUGCGGUCAUCUUGGGAUGGACGUUAUUUCGGACAAAGACAGCAGCAGCAAAAUCUCGAGUUGCAUUGUGCAGAGGGAUCGUGUAUACUAUGGGCUUCACCGACUGCUGAGAUCCAGAAGACUACAUUUAGGCUAUCAAGUUAUAUGUCCUGGGGUGCGAUAGUGUGCCCGAAAAGGUGUGCCGUAGUCUUGCGAUACAAAUCCUCAAAUGCCGGUAUCGCCAACGUUUUCACGUAUCGUUCCGCAGUCUUGCGAUUGACUCACACCGAUUUAUAAAGUGUAUAAAAACAUAUCGCGACGGUAGUAUGAAACGCGCUUCGCAACCAGAACGGCUGCAAAACGAUUUCGCAACAAUAACACUAAGGGGGCGGUCCCGUGGUACAUUCGUUAACUCGAACGACUCAAUAAAACACGUCCGUAAUGGGUUAAGUCCGGAAUGGACCGUCUCCCCGUAGUAAGGAAUGGCUUUCCGGCUACGUGAUAUUGAAUAAAGUCUUGAAAGCCUUGAUAGGUCGGCAUGUCUGCGUAGGACGUUACGCCAAAUAGAAGAACACUAAAUGACAAGCAAACACCAGGGCAUUUACUUAAUAUUUUGAUGAACAAACCUCAUAACAGGAAGGUUAGUAACCGCAUAAUGAAAAUAUACCAAUCCUAGUCGUAAACAUAAAAUAAUUGUAAAAAGAUAUUGUGCCAUCACUGUUCAAGAAUUGGUCAUAAAUAAAGGUUAUUAAAAACUGUGAGAUAGUUCACUAGUUUCAGACAUGUA